AUGACUUCGUACCAUUUAUUAUUACCCGUUACUUUGUUUUUUUUUCUCGGUUACGUGUCCGUUAAAAUAUUAAACGUUAUUUACGAAUAUCAAAAAUAUCCUUACAUUGAUGAAAUUUUUCAUAUACCUCAAGCUCAAACUUAUUGCAGUAAUAAUUGGACAGAGUGGAAUCCUAAAAUCACGACAUUGCCUGGAUUAUACAUCGUCUCGUAUGUCAUAUUAAACUUAUUUAAAACUUUAUUUCAAUAUGACAAUUAUUGUUCUGUGUAUGGUUUAAGAGCAACAAAUAUUAUAGGAACUCUAUUAAAUUUUAUUUUAACAAUAUCUGUGAUAAAACGUCUCGAAGAAAAAUAUGCAAUUACAAGUCGAAAUCAUUUAAUAGUUUUAUCAGGUUUUAAUAUUGCUACAUUUCCACCAUUGUAUUUUUUUACAUUUUUAUAUUAUACAGAUGUAUGGAGUACAAGUUUUGUUUUAUUAACUUAUUACUUAUAUUUAUCGAAAAAAAAUAAUAAAAAUAGUAUUUCCAAGUUUUUAGGAUCAGUUAUAAUGAGGCAAACAAAUAUUAUUUGGGUGGGAUUAUUAAUAUUAGAUAAAAGUUGGCAAGUGUUUAGUAAAAAUUAUAAAUUUAACUCGAAACAAGAUUUCAAUAUUACAAAGAAAAUAAUUCAAAAUUUUUUUUUUAAUUUAAAAAUGAAAGACAAAAAUCUAUGGGAUGUUAUUAAAAUUUUUAUUAAUGAUGUUUUAAUAGAAACAUAUCAUUUAAUAUUUCUAUGCUGUAUUUUUAUCAUGUUCGUCAUUUGGAAUGGUAGCAUUGUUGUCGGAGAUAAAUUGGCUCAUUCUGUUAAAUUUCAUCCGAUGCAAAAUUUAUACUUUUUAAAUUUCACAAUUUUUUUUUCUUGGCCGUUCGCAUUAAUCGAGUUGCUUUCUAUGAGAACAAAAAUAAUAAAAAUAAAACCGAGGAAUGUAAUAAUAAUAAUAAUAAUACUAUCAACUAUUGCAAUUGGCAUUUUAAGCGAAUGGAAUAAAAUGGAACAUCCGUAUUUACUAGCCGAUAACAGACACAUUGCUUUUUACAUAUGGAAAAAAAUUUUUGGACAUGGUUUAUAUAGAAGAAUUAUAAUUCCGACAUACCUCCUAUCAGGUUUUCUAUAUUAUAAAUUAUUAAUAAAAAAAUGUCAUUUUAUGUUUACGAUUGCAUUAACUCUUUGCACCGCCCUGAAUUUAACUCCGCAAUUUCUAUUCGAAAUCCGUUAUUUUAUAAUUCCCUACGUAAUAUGGCGUCUGCAGUUAAAACAAUCACCGAUACAAGUUUACGCGGAAACUAUUUUUUACUCGAUUGUAAAUUUUAUAACAUUUUAUUUAUUUAUAAAUAAACCUUUUGUAUGGAUUUCGGAACCUGAUAUUAAACAAAGGUUCAUUUGGUAA